AAAAAUAGUUGCAGUCGAACGAUAGAUGUUUCAUGAAAAUUUCAAGUGAUAAAGAUGGAACCAAGUCAUAAGUUGAAUUGUGCUCUCCGAAUCAAAGAGGAGCCCAGUGAUGCGCCGCUUGUUGAAAAUAAUUGGGAAAUGAUGGACGAGAAGCCCGAUCUUGAACAUUUUCAACUCUUGCCAUUUUUACGAGAAAACUCAACUCAUACCCUUCAAAAAUGUGGCAUGAAACUUGAAAAUGUACUCGAAGACGAAGUGAAAAUAAUCGUUGAAUGUGAAGAUGUCAAGCCUAAUGUGGGUUUAUUGGCAGUUGGGAAAAAUGAGAAUUACUCUCCGAAUCACUUGCAGAAUAUCAAACAUAGUAAAGAUUAUAAACUUCAAAAUAUGAUGAAAGUAGAAACCGCAGGCGAAGUGCAACAAGAAAAUAUUGACAAUGUUACAGAAGAAUUGAGUUUGAAUCUCGAUUGUGGAGUUGUCAAACAGAAUAAGAAAAAAAGAAUUACAAAAAGGUUUAAAAACGAACUUAACCUCAAUACACACAUCACAGUGCAUAAUGAUACAAGCCACGCAUGUGAUGCAUGCGAAAAAAAAUUAUCAUGCAAAAGUAAACUCAAAAUCCACAUCGAAUCAGUGCAUAAAAAAAUUGCUCAUGGAUGCGAUAAUUGUCGAAAGCAAUUCUCAACAAAGAGUAAUCUCAAAACCCACAUUAGUACAGUGCACAAUAAUGUGAAAUAUCCAUGUGAAAUAUGCGGAAAGAAAUUUACAGACCGAUCUAAUCUCAAUAGGCAUGUCAAAUCAUUACAUAAUUAUACUACCCAUUCAUGUGCUAUAUGCGAAGAAAAAUUCACUAGAAAGGAUUAUCUCCAAAAUCAUGUCGAAACUGUUCAUAAUGGUGUCACCCAUACAUGUGACAUUUGCGGCAAGCCUUUUUCACAAAAAGGACAUCUUAAAAUUCACGUUGACUCAGUGCAUAUGGGUAACAAACAUGCAUGUGAUGUAUGUGGAAAGAAUUUCGCAAACAAGUGCAAUCUCAAUAAACACGUCGAUGGAGUACAUGAUUGUAUCACACACGAAUGCGACAUAUGCAAAAAGACAUUUACACGAAAGGACAGUCUCCAAACCCACAUCGAUACGGUGCACGAUGGCGUUGUAAAAUACUCAUGUGGUAUGUGCGGAAAGAAAUCUUCAACUAAGAGUAAUCUCAAAACUCACAUCAAUGCGAUUCAUAAUGGUGUCACACGUGCACAUCACAACAAAAAUUUAAAUUAUGCAAGAAAUUCUAAAGUAAAAGUUGCCUUAACGUCAGAAUAAAGUAAUCACUCACAUCUUAAAAAGCCAAUUCAUUUGGUGCAUCA